AACUAGUGAGCGGGCCCGGAAGUCAGAGGCGUUUGCUUCCGGGAGCAAAGGCACUUCAUUUCCGGGUGAAGCUGGCACUGAGUUGGGAGUGCGUGAGGUGUUUGCUGAUGCUUCCUGGUCCAGUGGCUUCGGUCCGGGUAAGCCAGGCAUGAAGAUCACGAGGCAGAAACACGCUAAGAAGCAUCUUGGCUUCUUCCGCAACAAUUUCGGAGUCCGCGAGCCAUACCAGAUCUUGCUGGAUGGCACCUUCUGUCAGGCGGCGCUGCGGGGCCGUAUCCAGCUGCGGGAGCAGCUGCCGCGCUACCUCAUGGGGGAGACGCAGCUGUGCACCACCAGAUGUGUGUUAAAAGAGUUAGAAACAUUGGGAAAGGACUUAUAUGGGGCAAGACUGAUUGCACAAAAAUGCCAAGUUCGAAAUUGUCCCCAUUUCAAGAAUGCAGUGAGUGGAUCAGAAUGUCUGCUUUCCAUGGUUGAAGAGGGAAAUCCUCAUCAUUAUUUUGUGGCAACACAGGAUCAGAAUUUGUCUGUGAAAGUAAAGAAGCAGCCUGGAGUUCCUCUGAUGUUUAUUAUUCAGAACACUAUGGUUUUGGACAAACCUUCUCCCAAAACAGUUGCCUUUGUAAAAGCAGAGGAGUCAGGUCAGCUUGUCUCAGUGCAUGAGAAAGAAAGUAUCAAACAUCUCAAAGAGGAACAGGGUUUAGUAAAAAACCCUGAACAGAGAAAAAGAAAAAAGCGCAAGAAAAUAAGUGGUCCCAAUCCUCUUAGCUGUUUGAAGAAAAAGAAAAAGGCACCGGAUACACAAUCAUCUGCUUCUGAAAAGAAAAGAAAAAGAAAAAGAAUUCGGAACAGAUCUACCUCAAAAGUACUUUCUGAGAAGCAGAGUGCAGAAGGAGAAUGAAUCCUUUAGAUACUUUUAAGGACAUUCAAAUGUGAAAAUGAAUUUUUUAAAACUAGAAGUAUUUAUAGGAAGAGACCAAAUUUGUUUUUAUAAAUGAAUCCAUAUUCUUUAGCUAAAAUUAAUUGUAGAAUUAAAACAGUGACCAGCCUAGCCAGCAUGGGCGGACGGUGCACACUUGUACUUCCGGCUACUUGGGAGGCUGAGACACGAGAAUUGCUUGAACCUGUGAGGCGGAGGUUGCCGUGAGCCGAGAUCGCAUCACUGCACUCCAGCCUGGGUGACAGAGUGAGACCCUGUCUCGGAAUAAAUAAAAUAACAUACAUACAUACAGUGAAUGGGUUUAGGUGUGAUGGUGUUCACUUUACUUACUAAAUGGUUUUGGGAGGUUGUUUUUCCGGGUAAUACUUUUGCCUCUCUGAUCCCAUUCCCACCGUCAAACAUUAUAUGCAAAUUGUUAAAAAAAAGUCAUGUAGGCUGGGUGUAGUUCCUCACGCCUGUAAUCCAAGCACUUUGGAUGCCAAGGCAGGCGGAUCACCUGAGGUCGGGAGUUCAAGACCAGCCUGACCAACAUGGUGAAAUUCAGUCUUUUAAAAAAAAGUCAUGUAGUUCUAAAAGUCUUGUGACAAGAAAGAGUCAGUCUCUCACACUGACAGAAGAAACUUCCUCUUUCAGUUCUUCUAGUGGUUGAAGAAUUUAUGUUUCUAUCAAAUAAUUGAUACAUCAGUUAUUUAUUGACAUUCUUCUAGAAAGAAUGGAGUUUUUCCCAUUUAUACUGCAUCAUUUGUCUAAUAUAUGAAUAUUUCACUCUUUGUAUGUCAGAAACUCAGUAUUUUCAUUACUAUGAUGGGUUUUUUUUUUUUUUUUGCUUUUUUGAGUUCCAUUUGUCCAAUAAGGAUGAUUAUUUUCUUUUAGAUGUAAGUCUUAACUUCAGCAAAAAUUCAAAAAUAAUAUUCUUUUUAAGAUUGACUGUGAAUGUUAUUAAAAAGUGUCUAAAUUAGUCUGAGGGUCAAUGAGGGUCAAUUCCAUUGCAGAAUGAAUAAUCAUACCUGUCAGUUACCCCUGCAAUUGUUUUAGUCAUUUAUCAGGUCAAAAUAAAAAUGUUUUUGUACUACAA